UUCCUAUGCCACCUUCUUCUGAGUUGAUGUUUGAGUAAAAUGUCAGUAAAACUAGAACCACGCCUUAUUUUCGUUCUCUUUCUGUUGCGGUGUCAGUUUGUAAAUGGAGAGAUACCCUUUACCGAUCCGUGCACGGAUCAUAACGGGAUAACGGAUGAGCAAGCCAAUAAUGCAUUUAAGGACUGGCCUGAGCAUCUGAAUUUGGCUAGCGUUAACAAGACCCACAAGUGUUACGUGACCUGCAUUUUGAUAUAUUAUAAUAUUGUAGAUAACUAUGGAAAGAUUUCCCUUGACAAAUACUUUGACAACGGGUCUAUUGAUGAGUAUGCCUUUGCGCCUACACUUCUUCGGUGCCGCUAUGAGUACAGAAAGGAGACCGAUUUAUGUGAACAAAUUUUUGGUAUAUUUAAUUGUUUCAAACUACUAAGGGGAAAUUAA